GCGGUGGGCACACACAAGUAGAGGAGAAUCAUCAUCGCGAGCACCGAUCGCUCGGUAGAACACCUCGCCACCAACCAGACCCAGAGCUCCCAAACUGAUCGACAAUCCAUGGCGUCUAUGCUCCUCAAGGGCGUGCACAAGAGGCUGGGCCUGCCCACCAUCAACAUCUCCUGCUCCUCUGCCGACGCCACCUCCGUCGUCGCCAGCACCGGCCCCGGCAGCGGCAGCAGCCGGUUCAUCGACAGGCACUCCCCGCGCCUCCGCGACCCCCACCGCACCUCCACCUCCUCCAAACCGCCAAGGCCGAGCUUCAGCAACAACGGCGACGCCAAAGACUCCUCCGCAUCCUCGCCGAACUCGAGCCAGCAGCACGGGCACGACAGCAAGAAGAAAAAGAAGAGCAGUACUGCAUCGGCGGCAGGUGCUGCUAAUGGUGGUAGAAGGUCUUCGGAGAAGAGACUGGUCAGCCCCGCGACGUCUUCCAGGUUCCUCCUCAACUCCUCCAGGAUGCAGUCCGACGACCUCGGCGUCGACAUGCUCGCGCUUCCGCCGCCGCCGCCACCUCCUCCGUCCUUUAUCGACGUUUUCCCCGGUAAGAACGCGCCCUUGCCGGCCUGGCCCGUGCACUUCCCCGAGGAGAAAGAGAAACCACCGGUGGCGCACGUAGCAGAGUCCAGCUCGUCAGGAUCUUCCUCUGCUUCGUCGUCGUCAGAGAUCAUGGCUGCGCCGGUGGACAGAGACGGCCAUGACCAGGAAGAGGUGAUGAAGAGGUCGUCCUCCACGAGACGGACACAGGCAGGACAGGUGGUUGUUCUGCGGGUGUCGCUGCACUGCAAGGGCUGCGCCGGCAAGGUGAAGAAGCACAUCGCCAAGAUGGAGGGUGUCACCUCCUUCGACAUCGACAUCGCCAGCAAGAAGGUCACGGUGGUCGGCGACGUCACGCCGCUCGGCGUCCUCAACAGCGUCUCCAAGGUCAAGCCCGCGCAGUUCUGGCCCAGCUCCACGCCACUCACAACCUUCCCCCCGCGCGCCUCCGCAUCCUUCUGAAUAAUGUAAUUUCUGUAGAAUGAUGGUCACAUCAGAAUUAAGAGUAGUAGCUAGUCGUCAGCGUCUAUGGUCGACGGAUCUGAAAAAUCACACAUAAUUUAGUGUUACCAGUUCAGGCGAGUAUAUAUUUUUA